CACCCACACUCUUUCUUUCCUUCACACUCCUGCGGAGGGACAGUGCUCAGUCCUGAUCCCCCACCCCGCGGCGCCGUCGGGUCCGUCCGGCCAUGGCCUACUCCAAGGGCGGCGGGAUGUCGUCGGCGGUGGACGCCAUCCUCGCGGAGGCGGCCGACCUGGUCGCGCUGGAGCAGAUCGCCAGGCUCAACACGGCGCACCUCGCCGGCCUCGACGACGCGGCGCUCCCGUCCAGCCUCGAGUCCCGCUUCCGCAAGCUCAAGUCCCUCCCCGCCGCCGCCCCCGCCCCCGCCCCCGCGCCGCCCGCCAAGACCAUGGGCCGGAGCGUCACCGCGCCGCCGCAGAGCCGCGACGACGAUCCUGCUGCCGACCCGCCCCAUCAACCGCACGCGGACCACCCUGCGCCGGUCGCGCCGGCGAGCCAAGAGCCGAAGGAGCAGAGCCCUCCGCCGCAGCCGCGGGCUGAUCCUCCUAAGACGAGCGUCCCCGCGGUUCAAGAGGACGAGGAGGAGGACCUGGAGCGGCUCUUCGGGGCAGGGCGCGGCCGGCCGACGCUGAGGGAGCGGAACAGGGGCAGGGACGACGACGGCGGCUCCCUGUCGCCGCCGCCGCCGCGCCAGGCGUGCUGCUUCCCCUUCUCGCCCAAGAAGGCCCCGACGGCGAGGAGCAGGAAGGACCGCGCCGCCGGAGGAACGAUGGGCGACGUCCUCGGCAUCGACGCCGGCGAGUGGGGCGACGAGAACAGGAGGGUGGUCACGGAGCUCAAGGAGCAGCAGCGCAAGCUCAAGAAGGCGCUCGAGGAGCAGGUCAAGGUCAGCAGGGAGACGGCCAAGAUGGCGCGCUGGGUCAAGCAGGCCUCCGCGCGCAUGACGCACACCGACGCCAUUGACGACCUGCUCAGCGACAUAGACGACGACGAGGAGCUCAAGUGAAGAGAAAUCUGCUCUGCUUUCCUUGUCUUCGGAAGCUCCUUUUGGAAAUUUCCCUGGCUUUGGACAAACAAACUAUAUACAUGAAGAUGUUUAGCCUGCAAUGCAUAGUAGUUAUAUAUGAGUUGGACUUGAUCAGAAAGAAGGAUAUAAAUUCUGCUGUUUUAGACGAA